AACAACGGCAAUUUGCAAACCCGAUCGCCAUCCGCAGCUAUUCCAAGAUCGCGUUCUCUCUAUCACCUGCCUACGUCAACGAAGUUCGAACCCACUUGACCAUCACCUAUCCCGACCACCAUACACCGUUCCAAUUCCUACGACCAGUAACCAUCGGCCCUGUUCCCAUAUUCCACAUCCCACUUCCUGGACCUGUUCCCAUCCCUUGCUAUUGUCCAAUGACCAUCAUUAUCAUUCCCCCUAUCACCAUAUACAUCUACGGCUUGUACCUGAUGAAAAUGCACCGCCAUCGAAACCCUCAGGACAGGACCGAGACCUGUACACACAGGAAUUGGCUGUACAGUUCCUAUCUUGCCCUUGUUCUGAUACACCACGGCUAUAUUUCGCAUGUGACUCCCCUUAGUGUUGUUUUGCAUAAAGCUCCAAUGGCGUUCCUAUCCCUGUCUUCGAGCUUCGAUGAAUCAACAGGGCGAACAAUGACCCCGUGUUUUCGAGUUGAUGUCCUCCCACUAUCCCUUUUCACUUUUUGGGACCGAUUUUCAUUCAGUUCAGACUAUCUGCUCAGCGCAGUGUUCCCGUUCCUUUAACAGAACAGCCUACUUCUGAAUAGCAGGCUUCAACCUGCUAUGCCAAUCAUUGAAGAUAUUUAUGGACAUAUUUGUAUUUAUCGUAAGGAGGCAGUGACCGCGAUGAACACAGAUCUCUGG